AUGGGCUACGAUUUCACCGUAUACCGAGGCUCCAAGGAUGGGUCGAUCAAGAAGGCCACCACGCAUCGCGAUGAUCUCCAAGGCGAUUCAGUCCUUGUGCGCGUCACACACUCGGGUGUCUGCUAUACUGAUGUCCACUAUAUGACAUCCGACAUGGCACUGGGCCACGAAGGCGCCGGCGUGGUGGAAGCAACGGGCCCCGACGUCAUAUACCUCAAAAAGGGCGACCGGGUCGGCUGGGGGUAUGAACACGAUUGCUGCGGACACUGCAAGCAAUGCCUGACCAGUCAGGAGACCUUCUGUCCCGAGCGCAAAUUCUACGGGCUCGCCGAUUUCGAUCAGGGCUCUUUCGCGACGCAGGCGGUCUGGCGCGAAGCCUUCCUGUUCCAGAUCCCCGACGGGCUCAACAACGAGGACGCAGCACCGCUCAUGUGCGGCGGGUCAACUGUGUGGAACGCUAUGGUUGUUGGAAACGUCAAACCCACGUCGCGCGUGGGAAUCGUCGGCAUCGGUGGACUGGGCCACCUAGCGAUCCAGUUCGCAGCCAAGAUGGGAUGUGAGGUCGUCGUGUUCUCUGGCACCGAGAGCAAGAAGGAUGAGGCCAUGAAACUGGGAGCAAGGGAGUUCUACGCGACCAAGGGAGCCAAAGAGCUCAAGAUCGGCAAGCCGCUGGACAACUUGAUUGUCACCAUGAGCACACAGCCGGACUGGAAGCUCUAUUUGGAUGUCCUAGCACCCAGCGCAGUCAUCUCCCCACUAACGGUGGACAAUGAGGACUUGAAGUUCCCAUACAUGCCACUCCUAGCCAACGGAUUGCGAAUUCAAGGAUCCGUCGUUGCACCGCGACAGUCUCAUCGCGACAUGCUCGAGUUUGCGGCGCUACAUAAUAUCAAGCCCAUCAUCAUGACGUAUCCACUCAAUGAAGAGGGGAUUCAGGAUUGCUUGAAGACUCUGGAAGAGGGCAAGAUGCGAUAUCGCGGUGUUUUGAUUGCGGAUAAAUAG